UAAUAGUCUCACAGGGCACAAUUCCUCAAACACUUGUUAACAUGUCCAAACUAGAGAUCUUGCACUUGGGGAACAAUCAACUACCCGGUCAGAUUCCAUCUUCCAUCGUCAAGAUUUCCUCUUUGAAAGAGAUUCAUCUCCAACAUAAUAGUCUUUCUGGUAGUUUGCCAGAUGAUUUGGGUGUCCAUCUUCCUAAACUUGAGAUACUUGCCUUGGGUGUAAAUGAAUUAUCCGGUUAUUUUCCAUCCAUCAAGUAUAGGCACAUGCGGCAAGCUUCAAAUAUUAGCAUUGUCUACUAAUCAAUUCAAUGGGUUCAUUCCAAGAAAUAUUGGAAAUUUAACACAACUCAAAGGAGUAUAUUUGGGAGUAAAUAACAUAGAAGGUGAAAUUCCUAAGGAAAUUGGUAAUCUUUAUAGUUUAGAGAUAUUAAGUGCAUCAACUAUGAGCCUUACUGGUCAGAUUCCAGCUUUCAUCUUCAACAUUUCUUUUCUGACCAUUGUUUCUCUGACAAAUAAUAGUUUAUCAGGUAGAUUGCCUGAUUAUAUGUGUCAUCAUCUUCCUAAGCUUAAGGGGCUUUACUUAGCUAAGAAUCAAUUAUCUGGCAAUAUUCCAUCAAGUAUAGGCAAAUGCUGCAAUCUGCAGAGUUUGAUAUUAUCUAUAAGUCAAUUCACAUAG